AAGGAAUGCAUUAAGGUCUACUGGUAGCAGCGCGCAUCGGCUUCUCAGAGCGACGCAAAAGCUCUAGGCCGUUUGCAAGGUAAUCGCGCGCUCUGUAGCGGUUUGUGGUGUCAUCGGAAAAACACAUGACGUGCGUGACCCUCUGACCUUCUGUGAUAAGAGGGUCGCUGAAGGAGAUGCGCAGCCUAAAAUAUUGCUCGUUGCUAACCUACCUGCUCUCCCUAUUACGCCUAGUAAUUGUCGACGCCAGUGCCUCAAAACUUUUUGUUUGUUCGACUACGAACGGGAAGCCCGCGCGCAUCUAUAUAGCCCGCCGCCUGUUAAGAAUAUGCAGGCAUGAAGCUUUAGGUGGGCUUAUUGCGGAUUUGUUUCUUUGUGCCGACGAAAAAUGGUGCGCCUUCCGUCGUAAACAUCAGCUAAGUAUUUUAAAUCUGAUAAAAGAAGUCGAAUUGAGGAAGGUAAAACGGUUUGGCAAAGUUGGUGCACGGCCCGACAACGCUCAGGUGGCGUUUUCGUUGGCAGUACAGACAAGCGCCGAACAGUUUCAAAUUCCAGGCGUCUUGAGAGCAAGACGAAUUUUUUCAACGUUACCGCCACGUCGUUAAGGGUGUAUAUCGUGCGAGUUCAUCAGGAUUGCAUGUGCAUUCUCGUGGGUUACGCGUGCAUAAUAGAAGAGUCGGUGAAAAAAACCAUGUUUGGUCCAAGUAACAGUUCGUAUUCAACGUUCUAAAUUUCUUUUUGCAGUGAACGAACUGUUGAUGUGUACCCGUCAGUGCCUUUUCUUCUUUCCUAUUUUUUUGUCAUAUGCAUAUGCAUCACCAUGAUUUGGGUAAAUUUAGCAAAAAGUCAUUCUAGGCCACAGUACGGUGUAUGUACUAGCGUACCGUGAGCAUCGAAAAUCAGAUCCACUACAGACGUCGUGAAGCCAAGAGACAAACGAACCUGAAGUGAUGUGCAUCAGUAAGCGUUUGAUUGAAGCGUUGAGUGUAUCGAAGUGAUCGCAGCUGUGGUUUGUGCUCAUUGACAGUCGAACAAUUAUUCAAAAACAACAACAACACUUACCACCCCCCCCGUCUUCCUCCUCCCGCCCGCUCCUCCGCAUGGUAUGAAAGAGUGACGUCUAUAAGUAUUAUGCCCAAAAAGAAAAGACAUCCCACCUCCAUCGCGGCUGUAGCCACGACAACUUCGCAGGGCCAUCCUGCAGCUGUGACUUCACCCUGUGAAGUGCGCCAGCAGCUAAUAAUGCCUCAGAUGUGCAAACAGCGUUCAAACAAGGUCAACACGGAUACCAACCCCAUUGCUACCGAGUCCCAGCGUAACGCAGUCGGCGGUGCUUUUACAUCUGCAGAAAACGGCGCUCUGACCGGAAGCGAUAGCGUCUGCGACGACCAAAGGACAGAGAGGGAGCGUCAAAUGAAGAUGGCUCGCAAUUCGAUCACGGUUGUGCUUGGAUCCCAAUGGGGUGAUGAAGGUAAAGGGAAACUCGUCGACACACUCGCCUCCGAGGUGGAUGUCGUUGCUCGAUGCCAGGGCGGGAAUAACGCUGGCCACACGGUCGUCGUUGACGGGAUCCAUUAUCAUUUUCAUCUCAUCCCAGGUGGAAUGAUACACAAAUCCUGUAUCGGCGUAAUCGGCAACGGAUGUGUGGUCCAUUCUGGCCAGAUCAUUGAGGAGAUCGACCAUUUGCAUGAACGUGGUCUCAGUUUGGCUGGUCGUCUCUUCAUUUCGAAUCGCGCGCACAUUGUUUUCGAUUUCCACCAGAUGUGUGAUGGACUUCAUGAGGCUGAAAAGAGCAAAAAGCAACAAAACAUCGGAACUACUAAGAAGGGCAUUGGACCGACGUAUAGUUCGAAAGCACAACGAAAUGGAAUGCGAAUGUGCGAUCUAAUAGGUGAAUGGAGUGUGUUUGAAACCAAGUAUCGUACGCUUGUCGAAUUUCACCAGCGGAUGUUCACCGACCUCAAGGUCGACGUCGAGGAAGAUUUGAAGAAGCUCAGGUUAAACGCAGACAAACUUCGGCCGUUCGUACGGGAUACGGUUUCGUAUAUUCACGAAGCUAUUCGCGAGGGCAAAAGGAUCAUGGUGGAGGGUGCCAACGCCGCCAUGCUUGACAUUGACUUCGGCACUUAUCCAUAUGUGACAUCGUCAAACUGCACAGUUGGCGGCGUUUGUACCGGUAUCGGUGUUCCGCCGAGUUUCAUUGGCACUGUCUAUGGUGUGUUUAAGGCAUAUUGUACGCGGGUCGGCGAUGGACCAUUCCCAACCGAACUUUCUGAUAAGUUAGGCAAACUGCUUCAGGAACGUGGCUGCGAGCGUGGCGUGACGACAGGUCGACCUCGAAGAUGCGGAUGGCUUGAUACUGUUAUGCUAAAGUACUCGACGCUGGUCAACGGCUAUACGGCGUUUUGUUUGACUAAAUUAGACAUUUUCGAUGUGCUUGAUGAGAUCAAAAUCGGUCAUAAAUACAGAAUUGGCGACACAGUACUGGACUGCCCACCGGCAUCACUCGAUGAAAUGGCAAAGGUUCAAGUCGAAUACGUCACAUUACCUGGAUGGAAGACGUCUACAGAAAGCUGCCGCAAAUUUGAAGAUUUGCCCGAAAAUGCUAAAAAGUAUGUGAGAACGUGUGAGGAGCUAUUGGGUGUUCAAGUGCAAUAUAUUGGAGUGGGAAAGUCGAGAGCAGAUAUAAUUAGGGUAUUUUAACACUAAAUUAACGAAAAUGGACGAUAAAAGAGAACCAAGAUUCCGAAGAUCUUGAGGGACGUUAGACUGCUUCAUAGAUUGUUCGUAAAAGCAGAAUGCACAUCAGCUAGGAGCAUAUUUGUUCGAGGCAUCUCCAACUACGUGAGUUGACCGCCUCUUCAGGUCGUCCCAUUGAACUGUUACUUAAUAUUAAUAAAUACAUUCAGUAUAGACUUGUCA